UCUGGGAAAGGGGGGCGGGGGGGCGGAAUUUCCGACCUUCCUGCCGUUAAAUAGGCGCUGCCGGUGCCGAGGUGGGCUGGAGGCGGCCGGGUCACCCGCUGUCCCCGCAGGGGACAAACACUGCGCUGUGUCCCCCCCCGCCGGUGUCCCCAUGGGUGUCUUGAGCUGCAUGAAGUACCUGAUGUUCAUCUUCAACGUGCUGGUGUUUGCUGGGGGGACGUGCCUGGCAGGUGUGGGGAUCUGGGUGGCCGUGGACCCGGCUGGUUUCCAGGACAUUGUGGCUACCAAGGCGGUGCUGAGGGCGGGUGCCUACCUGCUGCUGGCCGUGGGCAUCGCCCUGGCGCUGCUGGGCUUCCUGGGGUGCUGUGGGGCCCUGCGCCGGAGCCGGCCCCUGCUGCUGGUGUUCUUCAUCCUGGUGAGCCUUGUCUUCGUCACGCAGCUCGUCGGGGCCAUUCUCUUCCUGGUGCACUGGAAACAGAUCCAGCCCGAGCUCUUCCUCUCCAAGCUGCGGAGGAACUACCGUGGGGACGAGGGCGCCGAGGUCUUCUCCACCGCCUGGAACACCCUCAUGGUCACGUUCUCGUGUUGUGGCGUUUUAGGACCCGAAGACUUUGGGAAUGGCUCCUGCUUCCAGGAGCUGCACCCGGGGACGCCCUGGCCACGGGCUUGCUGCGCCCGGGAUGGGCUGCUGCAGGCGGGCGAGCUGCUGGGCUGGGAGCAGUGCCGGGAGAGGAGCCCCGGCUACAUCCACGAGCAGGGCUGCUUCUCCGCCUUCGGCAGGACCUUGCAGAAAUACAUCUCCGUCCCCGGGACUUGCAGCCUGGCCGUGCUGGGCAUCGAGAUCUUCGCCAUGUUCUUUGCCUUUUGCCUUUAUUACAACUUCGACUGAGCAGGACGAGGCGCGGCAGAGACAAGCCCAGGGCUCCGGAAACAGCAGCAGGCGAGGCCUCCCCGUCUCCUGUCACGUUGGAGCUCAGCACCCCCGUUACUGCCCCGUCCUGUCCCUGCUCCGGCGGGAGCGUGAGGAUGGGCCAAGGCUGGCUUUGCUCAGAGCAGGGACAGGACACAGGUUAAAUUCCUUAGAGGCACCGGCAGGGCAGGAGGCUGAGCAUCCCAGACUGGCCGGGGGGGUGGGAAGGGACCGCUGGGGAUCACCCAGUCCCACCCCCGGCCAGAGCAGGGUCACCCAGAGCAGGUGGCACAGGAACGCGUCCAGGCGGGUUUGGGAUGUCUCCAGAGACGGAGACUCCCCCACCUCUCUGGGCAGCCUGUGCCAGGGCUCUGCCACCCUCAGGGUAAAGAAGUUCCUCCUCACGUUGAGGUGGAACUUCCCAUGGUCAAGUUUGUGCCCGUUACCCCUUGUCCUGUCCCUGGGCACCACUGAGAAGAGCCUGGCCCCAUCCUCCUGACA